AUACCGAACGGUUCUGUUCUGUUCUGCGCUCGCCCUGCGCUCCCAUUUCCCCUUGCAAGAUAUAUAUACAACCGAUCCGUACUUAUGUGCCCGACUUGUUUAAGCAAAUAUUAUCGCUAGAAAUAAUAAGAAGCAGCAGCAGUAGUGAUUGAAGUGAUUGAAUACGGGGAAAAAAAGAAAACCGAAGAAAAAGAAAGAAAAUAAAAGAAAGUACGACAAGGCGGCCAGCAGAAAUCCGCCGGAAUCGCCGCCAUGCAUACGUUAUUCAGCGACCAGAACUCCUUUACGCGGCACUACGCCCAGACAGCCGCCGGUUACGGAUCCGCAUCCGCGGUGGCGGCCGCCAGCAGUGCCUCAGCCGCAGCGGCGGCACAUUACGCAUACGACCAGUACUCCCGCUAUCCGUACUCGGCCAGUGCCUACGGCCUGGGUGCCCCGCAUCAGAACAAGGAGAUCGUGAAGCCACCGUACUCCUACAUCGCCCUGAUAGCCAUGGCCAUUCAGAAUGCGGCGGACAAGAAGGUGACCCUCAAUGGGAUCUAUCAGUAUAUUAUGGAACGGUUUCCCUACUAUCGCGACAACAAACAGGGCUGGCAGAACUCCAUCCGGCACAAUCUCAGCCUGAACGAGUGCUUUGUGAAGGUGGCGCGCGAUGACAAGAAGCCCGGAAAGGGUUCCUACUGGACCCUGGAUCCCGACUCGUACAACAUGUUCGACAAUGGGUCCUUCCUGCGGCGGCGUCGUCGCUUCAAGAAGAAGGAUGUGAUGCGGGAAAAGGAGGAGGCCAUCAAGCGACAGGCCAUGAUGAACGAGAAGCUGGCCGAGAUGAAGCCGCUGAAGCUGAUGACCAACGGUAUACUGGAGGCCAAGCACAUGGCCGCCCAUGCGGCGCACUUCAAGAAGGAGCCGCUCAUGGAUCUGGGCUGCCUGAGCGGCAAGGAUGUGUCGCAUGCCGCCAUGCUGAACUCCUGCCACGACAGCCUGGCCCAGAUGAAUCACCUGGCCGGCGGCGGUGUGGAGCAUCCCGGCUUCACCGUCGACUCGCUGAUGAAUGUGUACAACCCGCGGAUCCAUCACAGCGCCUAUCCCUACCACUUGAACGAGGACAACCUGGCCACGGUGGCCAGCAGUCAGAUGCACCAUGUCCAUCAUGCCGCGGCGGCCCAUCAUGCCCAGCAGCUGCAGCGUCAUGUGGCGCAUGUGGCCCAUCCUUUGACGCCCGGCGGCCAGGGAGCCGGGGGUCAAUCCUCGGGACACUCGCCCACCACGAUCUCAACGCCCCAUGGACCGGCGCACGGGGGUUGGUACACCCCGGAGACCCCGCCCUCGGAACCGGUGGCCCACAAUGGUCAGCAGGGAACGCCCACCCAUCCGGGACAUAACAACAAUAACAACAGCAGCACCGUACUCAAUCACAAUGGAGUGGGAAACGGAGGAGGCGGAGGAUCCUCCAGUGUCCUGACCAGCAGUCCCACCUCGGCACUCGGCUUCCGCGACAUGAUCUUCGAGCAGAAUCAAUCCUGCCAACUGGACAGCGGCAGUCCCACCGGCAGCCUCCAGUCCGCCAGUCCGCCCGCCUCCGCAUCCGUGGCAGCGGCCUCGGCGGCAGCGGCGGCGGCGGUGAUCAGUAGCCACCACCAUCAUCAUCAUCACCAUGCGGCACUCAGCGGGAAUCUCGGCCAGUUGGGUCAACUGAGCAACCUGAGCCACUACCGGCCGCAUGUGGGUCACUACCAGGAGUACGGCAUCAAGUACGGGGUCUAAGCUCCCGGAUUCCCGGAUUCCCGGACUCACAGCAGCUGGGCUCUCUUGUAUAUUCCUGUAAAUAUACCAAAUAACCGAAAAAAAAAGAACGAGCCACAGCUGUCGGAGGAUCCUUGUAUCUCAGUUCGUUUUGUUUUCCAUCUUGUUUUCUCGAUUAUAUAUAUUAUAUUGUAUUGUAUACGAAAAAAUCUAGGGGGGAUUCUAGUUUGUUAAGCAACCGCAUUAUCGUAUUAACUGUAAUUUGUAAUUGUAGCCCGUAAUUGUUAUCGAAUUUAGGCUUAGUCCCAAUUGUCUGCUAUGCAAUUUGUGAUGAGAUGGGGAUGAGGACGAUGAGGGGGUUUUGCUACACAGAUCAUAAACUUAACUUAGCGCAUUUUGUCAAUAACUAAAAACCAACUACCGCAUCGGAUCUAUCGCCUAGUACACUAGCCUAGCCCACGUAAGCAAUAAUAAAUUAUGAUAAACUAAAUCGUAGAUAUAAUAUGAUUAUCAAAACUAGCGUACAACCAAUAUGAGCCGAACAAAAAAGUGUAUUGAAAAUAUGUUAAAAUAUCUCAAA